ACCUUUGGCUGGAGCUCAGACACCCAAAAGGUCGGGGAAUUGGGGGUGCUGAAUGCAGUUCUUUUCCAAGGGAAAUGAGCCCCGAGGCUAGAAGAUGGGUGCUUGCCUUAAUUGCCUCCGUCAACCCCAAGCUGAGGAUCCUGGUACUGCUACCACUUCCAAAUGGCCCUUGCUUACGUGGUUCAAGAAGCUAACAAAUACUGAGAAGCUGCGGAUAGGUGGCAUCGCUAUCUCUUGCCUGGAGACCAUUCUGCUUGUGGUAGUGAUCUCGACAGUAUCCUGGGUCAAGCGGUUUGUUCGGGGAAUCUUUGUGUUCCAGGGAUUGUGGCAGGAAUGCUCUUUGGGGAACUGUGUCUAUCUGGCCGACAGACCAAGUAAGGGCGACAUAAUGCUCAGAAUUUUGAACUAGAGAUCACUGUAGAAGGUCUCAAUAUUUCCUGCCAGUGAUAGAAGCAUUUAAACAGUGGAACAGGCAACUUGAUAGUUUCUCUCCUUCUUUGUAAGCAAAGGAAAUACUGAAUUCUUAUUGCCUCUACUUGAGGGAGCGGGGUUUGCUUCUGCAGGUUUUCAAAGUACUUGAAUGGGGAUAGAAGCCAGCUGUGGAAGCACCUAUUGGCUAGUGCCUGAGUUAUUAUCAACACACCUUGCCCCGCAGAUCCCUGAAACAGUUUUGCAACUAUUUUAAAAGGAAGGACAAGGCAAUUUAGCCCUCCUUUGUGUAUAAAAAACAGUGUGUGGCAGAGGCUGUUCAGCUUGCUGGUGGGUAUGUACAUUUGCAAUUCAAGUGCAAAGAGGGCUCACAUCAUGGAAUGGAAACCCCACAAGAUUGCUCUAAAGAGUCUCUGUUCAUUCUAAAAGCAGCAUCGGGCUUUGGACAUUUCCAGUACACAAGAGUUCUUACCCAAUAUUGUAUGAGCCUUUUGCUCCAUCUGCUGUCUAGCUCAUAACACUUCAGGAAAGAAACUUCAGAAAAGACACUUUUGCCAGUGGCCCCGUCUAAUUGGUUUUUAAAGUUUCUAUCUGUCAAGACUGGCCCGUACGGGCAGGGGUACCUUUACCUUUACCUGAGGGAUGUGGGUGGCGUUGUGGGUAAAACCUCAGCGCCUAGGACUUGCCGAUCGCAUGGACGGCAGUUCGAACCCCCGCAGAGGGGUGAACUCCCAUCGUUCGGUCCCAGCUCCUGCCCACCUAGCAGUUCGAAAGCACCCUUAAGUGCAAGUAGAUAAAUAGGUACCGUUUUAUAGCAGGAAGGUAAACAGCGUUUCCGUGUGCUGCGCUGGUGCUGGCUCGCCAGAGCAGCUUCGUCACACUGGCCACGUGACCCGGAAGUGUCUUCGGACGGCGCUGGCUCCCGGCCUCUUAAGUGAGAUGAGCGCACAACCCUAGAGUCUGUCAAGACUGGCCCGUACGGGCAGGGGUACCUUUACCUAUACCUUUUUACCUAUGCGGAAUCCCUUACACAUGGACCUUUCUGCUGAGGAAUCCCUGGGCAUAACUCACAGAACCUGUGUGCCUUGUGGGAUUUCCACGCAUGCAGAGGCUGCACACAGAACAACACUGUGAACUGAGAGUGCACCCUCAACCAUGCUGUCAUGCAUUGCUGGCAAGGCCAGCUCCAAUUCUGAUUGGACACUUAUAAAAGCGCCUUUUUGUAAACUCUCUCCCACAAUUGUGGGGCACUUCCUGGCAACAAGGAAGGAAAGCGGAAGUGCAAUCAUUGCAGAGAGCGACCAUUUUGAUUUCCCACAAUGCUCCCUGUGUAGUGUCGCUCUAUGCCGGGGUCAGAAAACUUUUUCAGCAGGGGGCUGGUCCACUGUCCCUCAGACCUUGUGUGGGGCCAGACUAUAUGGGGGGAGGGAGGGGAUGAAUGAAUUCCUAUGCCCCACAAAUAACCCAGAGAUGCAUUUAAAGAAAAGGGCACAUUCUACUCAUGAAAAAACAUGCUGAUUCCUGGACCAUCUGCGGGCCGCAUUUAGAAGGAAAUUGGGCCAGAUCCAGCCCGCGGGGCUUAGUUUGCCUACCCAUGCUCCAUGCUUUCUAACCUCCAGUAAAUUUGCCACAGUGCCCUGGUAGGGUAUUCCACUGGGGAUUUAAAAUAGGGGUUCCCCUAACCCAUGAGUCUGGCACUGAUCAGAGAAUCCAGGGCAGGUAUACUUAAGAAAUUUCCCCCCAGCAUCAGCAUAUGUUAAUGUCACCCUGAAAUGGCAUGGCUUUUCUGCAAGGGAAAGAUUCCCCUACCCCAAAGAGCAAGAGAUGCAUUUAUGUCCAUAUGCAUGCAUCGUUAAACAAUAAACAUAUAUGUUUCAAAAAGUUGCAAAGAUGCUCUGAGAUUUGAGGAUCAUGUGUCAGUUCCAGUAACUGUACAGGCACUAGCCAAUCAGUUCCUGCAACAUCCUUACGCAGAUAUCUGUGAAUUCAGCUUUAGUCGCCUUUCUGGGAAAGGGAAAUCAUGGUCCCCAGGAAUACCCUGAAUUUGAAGCCCAAUUUAAAAAACAAACAAACAAACAAGACAACCCUAGUUUGAUCAGAGCUAGUACCACCUUUCCCGGUGGGUUUUGCCAUGCAAAACAAACAGCAGGCAGAAUCAAGUACAGAGGCAACUUGGUUAGUGUUGUGCCAAAAGGAAUAUGAGUCCAGCUGGAUUAGACCAAAGGUCCAUCUAUCUAGUCCAGCAUCCCAUUGCCCACACUGGGCGAACAAAUUAUUCUGGGGAGCCCACACCAAGUAUGUGAAUGGUACACCAUCCAUGACCUCACGGGCGCUGAGAAUAGGCAGGAAAGGAACAGGAUAUUGGGAAGGUGAGUGGAAUCCUAGUCAUAAGCACAUAAGAAGAGCCUGCUGGAUCAAACUAGCAGCCCAUCUGGUCCAUCAGACUGAUCUUACGGCAGCCAGCCAGAUGCUUAUUUAUGGGAAGCCCAAAAGCAGGGCCUAAGCUCAGCUGCACUCUCCUCUCCUGUGGUUUCCAGAAACUGGUAUUCAGAAGCAUCUGCCUCUGAGAGGUAGAACAUAGCCAUCAGAGUUCGUAGUCAAUGAUAGCCUGAUCCUCCGUGAUUUUUUAAUAAACAAUGCAAGUCGGUUGCCACCUCUGCCAUCCAGCACCAGUGAAGGUUGGUCCAUUGUGAUGAAUGGGGCACUGCCCCACCAACCUCAGCUUGCUCUCAACUAACCCCUGGAGAGGGGAUAUUGGGUUGUUGUUCUUAUUUUGAUUACCGUAGAUUCUGGCAUAUAAGACGACUUUUUAACCCCGGAAAAGAGGUUAAAAAGUCGGGGGUCGUCUUAUACGCUGGGUAUGGGCGGCGCAGAGCGGAGCCCACCUUUCUUUUUUUUAAAGAAUAAUUUUUUAUUAACCGACCAAUCACAUCAAAUCAAACCAAAUUACAUAAAUUCCAAAUUACACAGCCGAAUUUUAAAUUUUUGUUGGGGGUACCCAUAUUUCAAGUUCCGAAGGGAUCCAAUCAACUUCUUGCUUCUUACUGCUGUUUUAAUGUCCACAAAUCUAACCUUAUGAUGUUCACAGUACUAUCCAGUCCUUUCUUAUUAUUUUUCCACAUCUCUUGUUGUUAUUUUCAUAUAUUUUUCCUUUCUCUUUGUGACCUCUGAUAGUCUCCGCAAGCUGGUUAGAACAGUUUGUAAUCCUGCGUGGAUAUUAUUUUUUUUAUCCAGUAGCCAUAUCCAGACGUUUUCCAUAUAACAUCACUUCCAUACAUCAAAACAGUCUUAGCGUCAUAUAUCUUCACCAAUCUGCCUCCUUUCUCAAAACCUCUGAGGAGAUUCACUAGGAAUGCAGUCUGAAAACAAAUCUGUUCUUCCUCCCGGCUAUAAAUCCUUUGGCAAGAUGGCGACUCCGAAUUAAUUGCUGCACCAUUCCCAAAAGCUCUUAUUGCUCCUCGGUCUCCAUAAAGCAUACUUUUGGUUAAAGUUUAUCUCCACACAGACCUUAAUCAUCCUGCUUGGGUCAGUUCAACCGACGGUUCUAAUGAGGAGGGGUUCUUGUAAAUCACAUAGAAGGAAAGUAAAAAAGGUCCCCCCCCCCCAUUCAGCCCCGUUGUCAACAUACCCCGCCUUUGGUGUAUCUUCAUCGUAAAAUAUUCCUGUUUCUCCAACCCGUCGUCUUUUCUCGCAGAGGUCACUUAAAUUAGCAGACUUCACUCCCCUUCUUCACUUGAAAUAUGUGCAUUUGCUUCUUUUGUAAUUAAUUAUUCCAAAUUGCUGCAACUAGUGCGCGAUCAGAGACAGCGUCCAGGAGAGCCGAUGUCCACACGGGGGCAUUCUGCCUAGGGCCCUCACCCCCUUCUUUCGAAUUAGGAGGUGAUUUAUGGGCACAGCAGGCAAGGGCAGUGUUCCCCAUUUCCUUGGGGCAACAAGGGAGGCUGCCUACUCCCAUAACAGCCUCUUAAUUACCCCGUGUGGGUCGGAGAGAUGGUAUUGUUGGCCAUCUUCCAAUGCGCCCCCUAGCGGAGCCCACCUUUCUCCCGGCACGGAGCUGCCCAGCGUAUUAGGCAACUGGGCUUGUAAGACGAACCCCCAAAUUGCAGCUGCCAAUUUGGGGGGGGUCGUCUAAUACGCCCAGUCGCCUAAUACGCCGGAAUCUAUGGUAUGUAUUUUGUGGUUUUAUAUUUUGAGUUUAUUCUGUUAAAUGCCCUGAGACCUCCGGGUAUAGGGCAGUAUAUAAAUUCAAUAAAUAACUACAGCUCCCAUCAUCCCUGACCACAGGUCAUGCUGGCUCGGAAGGAUGGGAGUUGGAGUCCAACAACAUCUAGGGACCCAAGGUUGAGCAAGGCUGGUUGGGAGGGUCACAGGUUCCUCAUCCUUGGCAUUCACAGCAGCAGAAGUUCAAGCAAUCAUCUCCUCGCCCCUGGCAAGGCAGGGCUGGGGCACAGGUCAAAACUUGGUCUCCUGGACCAACUGUAAAGAAAACACAAGACUGGAGUCACACAGUAUCUAAGCCAGUCUUGGCCAUUCCUCUUCAUGGCCACAGAUAAAUAUAUCAUUGGACUUCUGUCUGUUAUUUAAACAUACUGAUGCAGCAGUUGAAUGUUGAUUUGUACAACUGUGCACCACUUAAGACAAUUUUUGAAACGUUAUGUGGUUUAAGAAAUUUAGAAUAAAUUAUAAUGGCAUCACUCUGCCCAGGCACCUUUCUUUCAGUGACGGAAUCAGCUGUUAAAAACGGCCAACCGAUUUAUUUUCCAUUCCAGAAGUUCCAGUAAGGACUGUGGUGGGACUGUCCUGCCUCAGGAACAAUCAGGAGGCGUUUCAGUACUGUGGUAGCCCAUCAGGUGGCCACACCUCAAUAAUAAUAAUAAUAAUAAUAAUAAUAAUAAUAAUAUAUUUAUAUCCCGCUCUCCCCAGCCGAAGCCGGGCUCAGAGCGGCUAACAACAGUAAAAUGAUACAACAUUCUAAAAUCAUUUCAUUAGAAAAUCAGUUCAAAUCGGAUUAAUGGCAACCAUUGGGCUAGAGUUCUGUGAGGAUUGCCAAAGGAUGGGGUCAGGCUGUGCCCUGGCCAGAGGUCUGGUGGAACAGCUCCGUCUUGCAGGCCCUACGGAAAGAUGUCAAGUCCCGCAGAGCCCUAGUCUCUUGUGACAGAGCGUUCCACCAGAUUGGAGCCACAGCCAAAAAAGCCCUGGCUCUGGUUGAGGCCAGCCUAACCUCUCUGUGGCCUGGGACCUCCAAGAUGUUUUUGUUUGAAGACCGUAAGGUCCUCUGUGGGACAUACCAGGAGAGGCAGUACCAUAGGUACGAGGGUCCUAGGCCGUAUAGGGCUUUAAAGGUUAAAACCUGAUCCUGUACUCCACCAAGAGCCAGUGCAGCUGGUAUAGCACUGGGUGAAUGUGAUCCCACAGCGAGGACCCCGUAAGGAGUCUCGCCGCGGCAUUCUGCACCCGCUGGAGUUUCUGGGUCUGUCUAAAGGGCAGCCCCACGGAGAGCGAGUUACAAUCAUCCAGUCUGGAGGUGACCGUCACGUGGAUCACAGAGAAUUGCUCCUCAAGCUAGGAUGGCGCUUGGGCUGUGAGCCUCCCUCUUGCGGAGCAAUUCAGAGACGGGACUGUGGUGGUAGUGGAGGAUCCGAGGUCUGAGAUUAGGGAGCGGGGCGACGAACAGAGGGCCACUAGGAUAAAGUUUCUUUCUUUCUUCUCUCCUAGACUAUAUUUACAUAUCUAGAUUUUUUAUGCUGCUCUCUGUUGCGACUUCCUAUGGGUCUGUGGUCACUGGGACACUUUGCCUCACACCCAUCCAACCGCCAAAGUGGUGGACGACAACGUGGCCCACGCUAACCAUCGGCCUCUGUUUUGUCUCGGGUAAGAGGAGCCAUCUUCUGACUCUUAUUUACCCCGCCACCUCCCCUUUUCGUUCCCCAAAAAGACUUCGUGCGGUUAGCACCCGACUGUCCAGGAAAUGUGCAGGGAAGAGCAACCAAAAUGAUCAAAAGGGAUGGAGGAAAGGUUGCAGCAUUUAGGACUUUUUUGUUUAGAGCCAUGUUUCCCAAAGUUGGGUCUCCAACUGUUUUUAGACUACAACCCCCAUCAUCCCUAGCUAGCAGGAAUUAUGGGAACUGUAGUACAAAAAAACCCAAAAAACAGCUGGAGACCCAAGUUUGGGAAACACUAGUUUAAAGGGAAAGGAAGGAUGACUUGAUAAAAGUGUGUACAAUUAUGUGUGGCAUAGGGAAAGCUGAAAGAGGAAAGUUCUCCUCCCUCUCUCAUAACACUAAAAGUAGGGAACAACCAACAAAUUUGAAAGAUUUGGGAUAGAUAAAAGAAAGUACAUCUCCAUGCAACGCAUAGUUAAACUAUGGUACUUGUUCCCACAGGAGGCAGUGAUGGCCACUAAUUUAGAUACCUAAAAUGUAUAGAAACUUAUUCAUGUAUGCCACUAGUGGCAAGAAUGUUACUUGCCCCAAAAUGGAAAGAAGCAGAAGUCCCAGUAAAGCAGUGGUGGCCAAACUUGGCCCUCCAGCUGUUUUGGGACUUCACUUCCCAUCAUCCCUGACCACUGGUCCUGUUAGCUAGGGAUGAUGGGACCUGUAGUCCAAAAACAGCUGGAGGGCCAAGUUUGGCCACCACUGCAGUAAAGGAAGAAGGGAUAAAAAAAACUUAUGGAAUAAGCAGAAAUGGCAAAACUUACCGGAAGAAUAAAAAAUCAAGGUAACAUUUUUUAUAUACCGGUAUAUAAAAGAAUGGAAAUGGUUUAUUGAAUAUUUACAGAUAAAUUAUAAACAGAUAAAAACAGUGACAGGAUUAUUGUAACAACCUGCAGUUUUAUAAGAGCAUAUGAGUAAAUUAAGUUAAUUUGGAUAUGCAGAAGAUAUUAAAAACAAAUUUAAGGAACCACAGAAAGAGGGGGUGGGAGCCGAGUUUUGAAAAGUCAAAAUGAAUGUAAAAUUAGUGAAAUGUAUAAAACUAGUGAAAUGUAUAAACUUUGAAAAGUAUAAAUAAAUAAAAUGCAAAAAUAAUAAAAUCUGAUGGCUUUAAAAGAGGACUGGGCAAUUUCAUUGAGGGAAAGGUUAUCAAUAGCUUUCAGCCAUGAUGUUCUGCCUCCAUGGUUGGAGGGAGUAAUGCUUCUGAAUAGGAGUUACUGGAAACCACAGGAGAAAGGGCUCCCCACAGGCAUCUAGUUGGCUACUCUGAGAACAAGAUGCUGGGAUAUAUGAGGCAUUGGCCUCAAUCAGCAGGCGCUUUUUAUGUUCUUAUGACCAGUCACAAGAAUGGGUUGCUGAAGCCAUAUAAACAGACUGGUGAGAUGGUUUCUGGAAAUCCAGCAGUGUUCCAUGAAAACCCCCACCCCCCCAAUCACUAAGCAGUGCGAGGUUCCAGGGAUGCCAGAUGCUCUGUAACCCCAGGGUCUGAGUUUCUAGUGGGACAAUAAGGCACAGCAGAGACUGUGGUGUCUUUAUGGUAUAUGGUUUAUUUACACAUGUAUAUAAUCUGAAGCCGACAAUGGAGGAGACCACAGCAUUCCUGCCGCAAGAGGUUGCUCCUCUUAUAGGCACAGCAGCAUCCUUGCCCUGGCAGUUCGCCUUUUCCCAAAAAUUGUCACAUCUCACCUGUUCUAAUCUUGCUAACCUAAACCCUGGUCUUCUGUAUCACACAGAGAGAGACGCCCCACUCAUCUGAAUUAUCAUACCUAGUUUUUUGAUGCCUUGUUGUGCUAAUUAGCUUUUACACAUAUUGAUUGGGUAACAUUAAAGGGGUGGCUUGUACACAAAUUAGCAAGUUUGCCUAGGUUAAUUAACACUUCGCACAUGCUACUUCCAGGGGGUUUGAAGCUGUUUUCACACAUGACCUAAUAUAUGCAUGGAUCUAUCUUAAGACAGAACCAUACGGUCUGACAUCCUGUUUUAACAUAUCAGUUAACCAGUUAACAUACCCAGGCAUUUACGACCCCCCACAACAGACCUAAAACAAUAUGAUUACUCCACUGUGGUCCUUUCAAAUUAUUUGUGUUGGAUUGCUAAAUAAGAAGAAUAUCAGCUUUUAUUUUGAGAAGAAAUGCCAAGGCAGUUCACAAACUAGUUAUAGUUAUGUACUCACACACUGUAGUUUGUAAGGGUCCUGAGAAUUGUUCGGUAACCCCUAUUCCCUCCUAGAGCUACAAUUCCCAGAGUUCCCUACGAAGAAGCAUUUGUUAAACUACUCUGCAAAUUGUAGCUCUGGAAGGGGAAUAGGGGGUCUCCUAACAACUCCCAGCAUCCUUAACUACAGUUCCCAGAAUUCUUUAGGGGAAGCUAUGGCUGUUUAAAGACUGGAGUGCUGAAGAACUCAAGUGCUUGACCUUCCCAUUCUUUGCUUCUCUCGCCUCUCACCUUGCAGGCUUCAAUGGAGCGAUGGGCCUCUUCAAUUACAUGAGGGCUGCCACCGAGAUGACCAACACUUUCCUUUCGUGGUCCCUGGCACCAGGGUGGUUCUCUGUCAUUCUGGCAACCAUGGCAGGUACGAGCUAUUCAAAGCCCUGGGGGGUUAUGGAAAGAUGACAGGACUUAGGUGGGGAAGACUUCCUGAAUGCAAGCAGAGAAGGGCUCAGUGCACACUAGGCAAUUAAUUGCAACCCCAGUUGUAAAAUCUGUCUCUCUGAAACACUGGAUUUAGCAUCCUGGGAUGCAGCAAAAAAUAAGUGGUGGCUGGUCCAAUGGGGCACUGCCCCACAAGCUUCAACCUGCCUUUACCCAGCCUCACCCUGCUUGCUUUCUUACUUACACCCAAGGGCCACAUUGCCUCAUGGCAAACUUUCCAGGGGCCGCCUGACAAAAGUAAGGUAAAGGUAAAGGGACCCCUGACCAUUAGGUCCAGUCGUGACCGACUCUGGGGUUGCGGUGUUGCGUUCGCAAAGUAAAGGAAGGACUGGACCCUGAUUAAAAACAAGACACGAGGCUUUGACCAGCAAGGCUCUCGGAGAAAGUGUGUUCACCACACCCCUCGCCAGGCCAUUUUAUUAGCAAAAGAAUCUUUUACACAGUGCUUGUAAGAACCAGUCAUAUUUCCUCUGAGCAUUUCAUCAAACCCCACGUGGGGAAAAAGUUACACUACAACACUAAUUAGCAUGCAUAUAUUUUGGGGUAAAUAAGUUGAGAACUACAAAGGGGUAGUAAAUAACUUGAGAACUACAAAGGGGUGCAUCUGGCAACCACAGAGCUGAGAAAUAACCAUGAUAAGAAGGAUGGCCAGAAAGACCAGACCACUAUCACCUUCAUGUGAGAUCUGUUCUCUGGCUCCUAGAUUAAGAAACUACAUCAAAGAACUUGCCCACUAUCUUUUUAUGGCACAGGAUGCCUGCCUGGCGAAGCAACUGCUGUGUACGUGACAUGUGGGGAAGAGAGGAAUGGGCAGUAGAGUAAAAAGGGCAUGAAAAGGCCAUGAAAUUAUCGUCAAUAUAUCAAACCCAGUCAACACAAUGCUUUCAUCGUGGACACGAUGGCUUGAUGUAUAUUUUAUAAUUCCUCAUGGUAAUCCCAUGUGAUCCCUACAUUGUGGCGCUCAUCUCGCUUUAUUGGCCGAGGGAGCCGGCAUACAGCUUCCGGGUCACGUGGCCAGCAUGACUAAGCCGCUUCUGGCGAACCAGAGCAGCGCACGGAAAUGCCGUUUACCUUCCCACCGGAGCGGUACCUAUUUCUCUACUUGCACUUUGACAUGCUUUCGAACUGCUAGGUUGGCAGGAGCAGGGACUGAGCAACGGGAGCUCACCCCGUCGCGGGGACUUGAACCGCCGAACUUCUGAUCGGCAAGUCCUAGGCUCUGUGGUUUAAGCCACAGCGCCACCCAUGACAAAAGUGGGUGGGGCCAAAGCAACAGAGCAGGCAAAGCCACCAACACUAUAUGUUACAAGUAUACAGUCAAGUGGCCAAAAGCCGUGAAGUUAGGUGGACACGCAGGAAGGAGGGCAACUUGCACCCAGCAACUGAAAUGGGCUCCUUUUGGCUUACAGGUGUGUGUCACUUGGUGGCGAAGAAAUGGGAGAAGGAUGAAGAUACCACAGAGCUUUUCACAGGCAUGACUAUAAAGACGCUGAAAGAGGACUUGUUGGAAAACCCUGCCUCUCAGGGUGCCCUCCGAGGGAGGCCGAGGGGGGGCACGUCAAAAUCUGUGACGAUUCUGUGAACUCAACGCUGCGAGAUAUACAAGUGGCAUCAAGUUUGGGCAGGUAGGGUGCCCUGGUUGUGUGAGGGCAACCAUGCACCCGGUGGCAUCUGAGCUGUGGGAAUUAGGGUGAGAAGACACCUUGGCAAGGGGUUACUUUUUGCAGCAGAUUCCCAGCAAGCAUCAAACAUCAUCAUGACACAUUCAGUUGCCUCUAAGCUACAAAUGAUGGAUGUCGGCAUCAAGGGGCACUGCAGUGACACUUCACAUCAAGCUUCUUACCUUUUUUUAAAAUGCUAUUUCUUUGCUUUACAUCCUUCCUGAAUAAACUCCUUUAAUAUGCUUCAUCCUACGACUGUUCUUCUAGAAUCACCUCUUGACAGGUGCUAUAGCAGGAGUGGAGAACUG